AUGCUGGGUGUUCUGAAGCGCCGUUGGAAGCCCAAAAGGUCCAACGCCGGGACGAGAAUCCCCGCCGGCGACGCCGCCCCGCCGGACGGCUGCGACAAGGACAAACCCCAACUGCGCCAGCACCAGGUCCAUCCGGUGCUCGACGUCCGCCAAACGGUCACCUGCUACGACAAGCCGGCGGCGCCGCCCGCGCCGCCCACGCCGCCCCCGGCCGGCUCGUGCUACCCCCUGGCGCCGAACAUCUGCGUCGAGGCCGGGCGCAUCCAGUUCAUCCGGCAGGAGGCAGAGGGCGCGCCCGUCCCGCCGCCGCCGCCCGAUCCCGCCGCCAGGGUGACCGUCGCCAGGGGCGCCCAGACCGACUGGAUCGAAGGCGACGUCGACGGGUUGCAGGAUAUCCAGGCUUUCCUGGAAAAUCGAAUACGCGAGUUGGAGAGCGGGCUGGAAAUGGCGCAGCGCAACGAAUUGAGGGACAAGCAAACGAUCAACAAACUCACCAAGCAGCUGAACAGGAGGGAAUCAGCUCAGAGGGAUGCUGACCGCGAACGACGAUUGCGCUCCGACAGCGAAACCAGGGCGAAGCUGGCCCUCCAGGACGCCGCCCGCUGCAGGUCCAGGCUCAAGCUGCUCACGUCCGAAUUCCAAAGAAUGGAAGAAACUGUGCGUGCCAUGUUGGCGUAUAAAAGGCAAGCGGAGCAACUUCGACAAGAAAAGGCCGCUCUAACUUUGGCGUUCGAGAACCGUUGCCAACAGUAUCAAAGCACGAUAAGCCGUUUGAAUACGGAAAUAGCGACGCUUCGUCGACAAUUGGAACAAGCCGGAAAGGAUAACAAUCCGGAAGGGCUAUUGCAAGCGCACGCCGCCGCCCUUCAAAGGCAAGCGGAAGAAUCGAGGAAGCAGUACGAACGCUGUCUGGACGACGUCGCCAAUCAGAUAGUCAAAGCGCUGCUCACCCAAAAAGGCCUGAAAGAGGAGGUCGGCUGCCUGAACACCAAAAUCCACGAGUUGGAGAACCAGAACCAGGCGCUGGCCUCGAUGCUGGUGCACCAGCUGCGCAACGACGGCCCCGACUCGCCCGACGACGCCUUCCCCAAGCGCCAUCGCCGCGGCGUCGACGCCUGCUCGCCGGGCGCCUCGACGGCGCUGUCGGUGCCGCGCAUCAAGCACUGCAACUCCUUCAACUCCGAGGUGCUCGACGACGACGACGCCGACAAGCGGCUCGGCGCCGACACCGCCAUUCUAGACACUCGACUGUCGUUCGAAGACAAGAAACGCCACCAGAUCCUGACGAAGCUGUGGACGGAGCUGAAGGGCGCCGAGGUGACGCCGAAGCGGCUGAUCGAGGCGCUGACGGCGGUCGAUUCGGCGCUGUGGGUGCCGCCCAAGCGGCCGGUGUCGCUCAAUCUACACCUGCCGGCGUUGCAGUCGACCAAGUUGCGGCGCGCCCGGCCCGUUCUCGCCCAAUCGGCGUCGAAGAGCGAGGAGGAGACGACGGGCAACGAAUCGCCGGAGAGCGGCAACCGCGACGAGGGCUACUCGACGAUGUCGUCGGACGUGCAGGCCGACGUGACGCGCGGCUCCGGCGACGCGACGCUGCCGCGACGCGGCCUGGAGGACCUCAAGGAGGCCAGCGACGAGACGGACGUCUCCGACAAUCGGUUGCUCGUCGCCGACAACAAGGAUCCCGAUAUUUUGUACAUUCCUCUUAAUCUAAUUAAUCUCAACCAAAGAAAUAGUUUCCCUCCUAGUAAGGACAUCCUGCCGUUCCAGCACAUAAUGAGAAGCUUCUCGGAUUCGCACUUGUGCAUCAAAAUAACAACGGCUCCGUCGCCUUGUUACUCGUUUAGCUCGCCGAUUUCGAGCAGUCCGUCGAUCUUCCUGCUGGACAUCACCGAGAAAUCCAUAAAUCCGCUAAGGAGAACCAGAGGCACCAGCGCCCUAUGGGGCAACGCGAACUUGGAGAUCCGCGCCGACGACGCGGCGGGCUCGCCGUCGUCGUGGUCGAGCCGCGCCGACGACCGCUUGGAAUGCACCGCCUGGGACGCCGAAUACAUCCAGCACUGGCUGAAGCUGGACGAGACGCGGUCGACGUUGCAGCAACAGCAACGCGACAUGCUCGAAUUGGAGUACGACCGAGCCGACCUCGAGGACUGGAGCCUCAGCCUGUCCAACGACGACGCGCGCGACCAGUGGAAGAAGCACGACGCCUGCACGCCCGGCCAGAUUUCGGUGGCGACGUUGCCCAGCAUACAGGAGAACAACGCGCUGGAGCUCGAAGAGGACUCCAACGAGUGCUUGUGGAACAACUCCAGUUAUAUGAUGGACAAAGAGGGUAGGGAACUGGUGACGUUGUUAAUGGAUUGUCCUAACGGAGAGAAGCAUUGGCCUUACGUGGUGCAACAACAAACGUCGCCCGACAACAGCUGGUCGAGCGGAGGUUCGGAUUGUUGUAAUUCCCACGAACCCGAGACCUACUCCAAACGAUCAUCGGCCGCUUUGAGCGGCUCCAGCGACGACACCGGCGAAUUGCCCAUCAUCGGAACGGACUUCACCAGAGACUUCUAUCGGUUGGUGAAAUUCGAGAGCACCAAGAGCCUGGCGUCGACGUCGUCGCGCAGCCUGGGCGGCGCCGGGGCGGCGAGCGAUAACGGCGACCGCGACGCCGUCGCCUUCCAGAACGUGCUGACGUUCAUCGCCGAGCAGCAGAAGUACGCGAACGCGGAGCCGCGAAACGCCGGCGAACCGGCCAAGGAGGCGGAGGCGGCGCCGCCGCCGCCGCAGGGCGACGGCGAGCCGAGGUCGGGCGACAACGAGAACUACGUGACGUUGAAGCAACUGUGCGAGGAGUACUGCUUGAAGGAGAAGCAGGAGACGAGCAUCAGGGAGAGCAUCAAGCACGCCGAGGAGGUGUGCCUGGUGACGCCCAUCGAUUUGGAGAGCGAGAAUUGCUCGAACAUCACCGAGCGUCCCGUCGACAUUUGCAGCAGCGUCAACGUGGAAAUAUCGUCGACGGACUACCAGAUUUGCCUGUUGAAAGACGCCGACGACGCGAAGGAGGCGUCGCGCGGCGGCGGCGGCGGCGCCGGCGAAUCGAUGACGUCGAGCGUCGGUACGGCCGAGACCGUCGUUUCGAAAAUACCGAAGAGGAAGGCCUACCAAUCGCGCAUACCCGUCAGUCCGGCUCGCAUCAUUGCCAACAACAACAACAACAAUCAAACCAACAACAAUAACAACAAGGAGAACGUCAAGGAUACCAAAAUACCGAAGAGCAAGAUACCGCACAAGAACACCAAAUCGAAACAAAAGAAAAUCGUCCAGGCGCAACAGCAGGCCAACAACGCCCACCACGUCGUCACGUCGGAGAAGCUGCCGCAGAGCGCCGCCGGCGCGCUCAGCCACAUCAUCGAAGGCCCGCCCCAUCGGGCGGUCAGCUUCCACGAGCGCGCCACCUCCAAGGACGUCAUCGACGAGCUGAACCGCAUGAUCAAGAGCGGCGACGACGCCGCCAUCGGCGCCGCCGACGCCGCCGGCAAGCUCGACCAGGCGUGCCGUCCCACCGGCUGGGUGCACGUCGAAAAGGAGAUCGAUCUCACCGAUCCCAAGGCGAGGGCGAAUUUGUUGGACGUGAUGAUGGCGUCGGUGGGUUCGAGCGACUCGUCGCCGACGUCGUCGUGCGGCGGCAGCGUCGCCAGCGAUUCCACGGAGGACCCGCCGGAUUACGGGCACUUGCACAGGAUCCACAAGUACCAUCGGCAAAAGAAAGCCAAGGCGACGAGGCCGGAGCCGGCCGUCGUCAGGGCGAGCGCGCCGCCCAAUCGCCCUACCAUCAUCGGCCGCGCCGAUUUCUUCGUGCGCUACGGCUCCAAGGAGAUGGAGGCGGUGGCGUCGUUCGAUUUCCUCGAGGAGUUCGCCGCCGCCGCCGCCGCCGCUGCCGGCGGCUCGACGCCCGACGACGACCCCCAUCACGUGGAGGAGUAG